CGCGCAUGAGCGCUUUUAUGCGGCCUUUGGCUCGAUGAAGAAGGCAAUGUGCCUUUUACAGACUGUAGCCUAGAUAUCGUACUACGGUCUAUGUUCUGCUAGUGUUGGCGGGGUGAUUGACGUUGUUGAAGAGGUAUAGUUGAUAAUUGAUUGGAUGAGUGUCGUGGUGUUGCGGACUCCACGCUCUGCGGGCAGAUUACAUGUUGGUGCCAAGCAAAAGUGAAGCUCGUCGCUUCGCAUCACGAACGCCGACCUCCACCAGCCCACCCGCAUUCUAUCCACACCAUCGACACGUCGGUCACGAGACCCUGUAAAUAUCAACUUACAACCGACUAACGCCGACGUGACAAGCAUCAACAAGCCGCACACGGUCCACCGAAUCUCGCAAUGGCCAUCUUAGGAACGGCCCUCAACGGCAUCGGCGCGCUCUUCCUCACACAUGCUGUCUACUCGACCCACGAACACACCGCAACCUUCGCAUCCACACCCCUCCCCCUCGACAUCUCGCUCGAACUCCUCACUUCCAUUCUCAUCCUCUCCCUUGGCAUCGUUAUAUCGUUCGCGCCGCUGAAGCCAAUACAAUACGCGCAAUGGGCGGGCCAGAUCUCGCAAGAAGGACGACACGGCGAGGGCUACUACACAAAAGAGGGUGAAGAGGUUUUGAGUGAAGGCGACCCGUAUGCGUUUUUGGGUCUGGAUGGCGGAAUUGGUGGGAAGGGUGAGGGGAGGAAGGGGUUCUGGGAUGUUAAGGGGAAGAGGAAAGAGUAUGAGGAGUGGGUUAGGCAGGGUGGGAAACAGUAGAUGGUUGUAGGACAGCGGGGGAGAUUUGGGUUAAAGAGUUCCAGCGGAAGGUUGAGGGCGUGGUAUAUGGGCAACGCGCACCUGUGGGACACUUCGAGCGCGCAAGUCGUCACGAUAAGCUCCAGAUUCGAUACCAAACAUAAUUUUGUGUCGACU